AAAUCAGCCACAGCACUGCGGUGUUUAUCUAUACCCCUCAGCAUCUCUCUUGAUCCAUUUCUUCCUCAACACACAUCCAAACCUACAUCCAGCACAUCAGAUCAUACUUCCUACACAGUCGAACUAUCAGCUAAGCUCCAAGAUGCCCGUCACAAUCCGCACCGCAGACCACAGCACCCGACAAUGGCACAGAGAGCGCGUGACGAGCGACGACAUCCUCUUUGAGCAGUCCUGCUACGAAGAACACAACAACAGCCAGCGCAUCAUCCGAAGUAGUUUCUCCCACCCUUUAGAGAGCAACCACGUCACCGGUGCAAGCAACGGCUUCGUCGAUGCCCUCUUCUUCGCCUACUGCCACCACCACGACUUCACCGUCCGUCCCGAAGACAUCUGGUUCGCGAUCCUCAGCCAAGUCUCCUUCUACAUCAACGCGAACGCCGAGAAGCUCCGCGCACACUUCGUCGCCCACGAUGGCCGCAAGGAGCUCAGGGUGUACGCUAAUGGGACCCUGGAGACGGUCGACUUCGGCGCGAUUGCGCUCGCCCUGUCGACUGCGAUCCAGAAUAACGUGGUGGACCCGGACCUGCGCGCCUGGGUCAUGCCCGAGUUCAGCACCACCACCGAGAACGACCGCGUCGUGGCAGCGAUUCUGCUGAUGGGGAGCAUGCAGAAGUACUUCAGCUUCUCGGCCUUCCUGCUCUGCGGCAUCCCCACCGUGACCAUGCUCGGCGAGCGGCGGGACUGGGAGAUGCUGGUGGGGAAGCUGGACCGGCUGCCCGCGUUGGGGGAUGAGCCGGCGCGGUUCGCGGCGCUGCUCCGUCCGGUGCUGACCCGGUUCGUGGCCUGCUUUGACGAUCCCACGGGCCCCGCGGCGCGGGAGUUCUGGGGUCGGUGCGUGCAUCGGCUCAUUCCGGGAAGUGGGGAGGACUUUCUGUCGGGUUGGAUCACGGCGUUUUGCUUCUGGAAUGCGCAGGGCCAGUUGAUCCCCGACACGGGCUUGCAUGAGGGGACGAUCAAGUGUGAGCUGGACGGCGUACGGUAUCCAUACAUCAACACGUCGGCUACCCCCCCGGGUUUCUCCUCGGUGCCGCUGCAUGUCAAUGAUAAUGGGGUGGACUAUGAGACGAUGAUGGUGGCGGGGAUGAUCGGGAUUGAUGCCAAAUCGAGUGGUCGGCUACUGGAGGAGCCCUUUGGUGACGAGACUAUGGGCUUGGACUCUCUACAACCCGUUGCGGGCUGGGUGAUGUAUCACAAGAAAGAUAAGUCUGAGGUGGGGAAGGAUUCUCAAGACAAAUUGUGCGAUUUUCAACCUAGCUAGUUUACCUUUCCAAGACCUUGAUUUUGCUACCUUCACAAUACUCUAUCCCUUCUAUGUCACGGGCCCAUUUGCCUGUCUUGGGUUUCCUACAACUCAUUUCUUUUCUUAUUCUCUCAUGACAGAACCUCCUAGCGAUAGCAAUGUUUGUUAAAUUGUCAAAUUAAAUUCGUUACUGUGUCC